CCGUGCUGUUCCAGUUCCUCCAUCCAUCAUCCAUCCAUCCAUCCAUCAUUCUCUCUCUCAUCCACGGUCCCGUGCCCUAGAUAGACCGACACAGACAGACAGAUAGAUAGAUACUCCGAUGCCAGCGGGUCUUCCCGUGCGCGCCCUGGUGCUGCGGACCUGGUGUGCCAUCUUGCUCUGUCUGGGUCUGUUGGGGUUGGUCUUCCAUCGGCUGUUGAGGGAUGAUCUUACUUUGGUGAUUGACCACAUGGACAAACAUCCAGAUAACCAUAAUCAUAACCAUAACCAUAACCAUAACCACGCCCUCGUCCUCGCCAAGACCCGCGCCGAGGACACAUCCUGGGCUUAUACCCUGCCCCACUGGACCCCCUACAUCUACACCACCGACCACGAACCGGGCUACCUACCCAUCCCCGCCAACAAAGCCCGCGAGGCAAUGGCCUACCUAACACAUAUCAUCGAGCAUUACGACGACCUGGCGGAUUUGACGGCGUUUAUGCAUGCGGGCGAGAGACAGUGGCAUAAUGAUUUACCCUUUUCGUCGUCGUCGGAGGCUGAGUCGACUCAUCAUUCCUCCCUCCCUGCGCCGACGGAUAGGAGGAUGGAUUUUCACAGGGAGGGAAAUAUGCCCAUGCCCAUGCCCAUGCCCAUAGCCAUAGCCAAAGGUAAAGAGAAAGAGAAAGAAAAAGAAAAAGAAAAAGAAGAACCCUCCACCCCCCACCUCCUAACAACCCUACACACCCCCCCGCUCCACAAAGCCGGCUACACGAACCUCCGCUGCACACACACUCCCGGCUGUCCGCUCUCCAUCCGACCCUUCGACCCCGCCCUCACCAAGAACCAUAACCCCGUGUAUCGGAACUUUUCGUCCCUGUACAUGGACCUCUUCGGUGUGGGGCGGGACCAGGUACCCAGGGAGAUUGGCGGGGUGUGUUGCGGGCAGUUUGUCGUCUCGCGGGAGAGGAUCCGGGCUAGGAGUCGAGAGGAGUAUCUCCACAUGAGGGAGUGGGCGUUGGGGUGUGAGUUGGAUGGGUUUGCGGUGGGGUCACUGUUUGAGAUGGUUUGGCAUUUGGUUUUUGGAGGGGGGGAUAAUAUGGGGAUAUUAUGUCCCAACGUUCGCCAGUGUUAUUGCGAUUUAUACGGGCUGUGUGAUGGUCGACAAUUGGCGUUUUUGGUGGAUGAUUCAUGAUUCAUGAUUAUGGGAGGAAGUAUGGGUUAGGGAUUUAGAAGGUCUGUGUAUGAUUUUAUUAUGUAUUCUUUUGUUACUGGGAUGAAGGUUUUAAUGUAAC